GAGGGACUGCUCCAAACCGGCCUGCCGUCCUGCUCGCUAGGCAGGGGCGCUGUCUCUUUAAGGAGGAGGGUGCCUGGGUUGGCGGGGGUGGCUGUUAGUCUCUGCGGGCCUGGGCUGCUUCCCUUGCCGGGCUCGCGGGCCAAGGGGCCCUGUUCCAGCAAUGCCCUGGCUGGUGCACCUGGGCUCUCCUGCGGCGCAGCGCUCGCUGGGCUCUGGGGCGCUGCUCCAAGCUACCGCACGCAUCGUCUGGAGCAAGGUGGGCAGCGGCGGCAGCAGCCCUAGAGCAGCAGCGGGGGCCCCGCCGUUCCUAGGCGGCCAGCUGCAGGCUGUCCCCGGUGGAGGCGAAGCUAGAGGGGCUCCGCACAAGAGGCAGCAUCGACCCAGCUUCCGACAGGGGUGCAGCUGGCUCGCCCUGGGGGACCUGCGCCUGCAAAGCCCCCUCCGCCUCCUGCCCGCUGCUGCGCUGCUUGCCCCAGCUGAUCCCAGCCGCCGGGCCGGCUGUAGAGCUGCUAAGGCGGGUUAUCUGCCCCCCCACAAGGGCUUCGGCUACAAACAGCAGGUGCAAGAGGACGCAGAGUUCAGCCAUCCGCAGUCCGAGAUAACUCUGCAAGCAACUGCCAGCAACUUCCCCAGCAGCGGCAGCUCCGGGAAGGACACAAGUAGAUCCCCUGAAAAGGAAGUCACGGAUCCCAGUGAUGAAGAUGAGAAGAAACCCAACAAAUCCCAGCAGCUGAAAAAAGUUUUUAAAGAAUACGGAGCUGUAGGAGUCUCAUUCCAUAUUGGAAUUUCGUUAAUGUCUUUGGGAAUAUUCUACCUGGCUGUUUCAAGUGGUGUGGACAUGACCGCAGUUCUCCUAAAACUUGGAUUCAAUGAAGCAUUGGUGCAAUCCAAAGUGGCUGCUGGUACAAGCACAUUUGUGUUGGCCUACGCUAUUCACAAGGUGUUUGCUCCAGUCCGAAUCAGCAUUACCUUAGUUUCUGUGCCAUUCCUUGUCCGAUAUUUCCGUAAGAUUGGUUUCUUCAAACCUCCUGCCUCAAACCCAUGAUGAAAUCUUAUUGUUUAAAAAAAAAAAGUGUCAUGUUCAUAUAGCUUUUUAAAGUGCUGUGCAACUGCAGUUACCCUAUUUGGACUCAUGUUAAUAGUGAUCUCAUCUUGCCUUUUUGACUUUUCAGGUAAAUGUUUCUUUCAGGAAAAUGUUGAUAUCCACUUUCCUUUCCUUCUCUUCCCUUGAGAACUUUGUUAAAAUGGUAUCUGAAAACUCCGGCAAAUAACAUAAGCACUUACCUACCAAUGAGGAAACUGUUUAGAACGUACAUCUUAGUAUCUUUACAGCUCAGCCUUUUAGGCCUUACUUUUUUCUUGGUGAAACACACUUGCUACAGUGCAGCACUAAUUCAUAAUAGUGUAUUUCAGGAACUAAACUAAGGUUGAAUCCCCAUUUAAUUAUUCUCUGAAGCAUACUCUGUCCUAUCAUGUGACUGCCUCUUUUGAUACACAAACUCAGUGCUUAGUAUUUAUCUGCUGCCCCUUUAAAAUAAUUUGUUGCUCUGAAAAGACACUCUGGCCAUGCUGUACUUCCAUACUUCUAAGUUGUAUGGAUGCUGAGCAUCACUUAAAAGCUCAGUCUCCUGGUUGGCUAGCAGCUUGCCCUACUGGAAUUUUAUUUAUACUAGAGUGCUAUAGACUAUUUGAGUGAAAUCCUGACUUCCCUGAAGUCAAUGGAAGUUUUGUUACUGACUUCAAGGGGACCACAAUUUCAGUCUGUGGGCAUGAUCCAAAGCCCAUUGAAGUGGGUGGCAAGACUCCGAUAGGCUUCGAUGUGGUGGAUCAGGCCCUGUAUUAGCAGACAUAUCUAUAACUGGAACUGAGCUGUAGCAGGUUCUCAACCCCUGCAGAAGAAGCUCAUAUACAUUCCUGAAGUCCACAUGCUAUAAUUCUGCAGACUGUUGAGUGCAACAGCUAGUUAUGUUAGUUUAAUAUAAGAAUCAAGUAAAGACUUAAUAUGGGAGUGAUCUACACUUUUAAGACUUUAUUGCAUAGCUCACGUCAGAUACCAUUUUAAAGUGCUAUUUCCUUAGAUGUUUGAGUUGUCCAUUUGGCUUGCUGUUCACAACUCAACAUGGCAUGUUUCUACAAACUGCUGCAAUAUCUAUAAUUCAUCAAGCCAAGAAAUCUGCAGGUCUGAGCUAGCUACUAUGGGGUGUAUAUUAACUAUUUUAAUGUGAACAGAAAAAAAGCUUAGUUCUGAUCUCUGCAGUAAAUUCCAAACACUUACCAAUGUGCUACAUUGCUCUUGCACUGCAGAAGCAUUACCGUGAAGUCAAGGGUAUGUCUACACUUACCGUGGAUCGAUGCGGCGAUCGAUCUACUGGGGAUUGAUUUAGCAGGUCUAGUGAAGACCCACUAAAUCGACCACAGAUCGCUCUCCCGUCGAUUCCAGUACUCCACCAGAACGAGAAGCAUAAGGUAAGUCGAUGGGAAAGCUUCUCCUGUCGACCCAGCGCAGUGUACGCACUACAGUAAGUCAACCUAAGCUACAUCAACUCCAGCUAUAUUAUUCACAUAGCUGGAGUUGCGUAACUUAGGUCGACUUAACCCUGUAGUGUAGACCUGCCCUAAGUGAGAUUGAUUUAAAUGAGCACUUAGUAGUAGUUUUAGGCCCAAGAUUUAGAUUUUUUUUUUUUAAAUUACAAAAUGAAAUAGAAAUAUUUUCAAUAGCUUUAUCUGGAUGUUCCUCUGCAGUGUUGGGGGAAACGAACACUGCAGCAUCAUGCAAGUGAAAUGGGCUAUAAACUGAUUAGUUUAGCUUCACCCUCCAAGCUGAGGGAAGUGCAAAGAACUAAGGAUCUGUCAAAAUUGCAUUAUCAUUAACUUAUUUAUCCUUUUAAAUAAUUGGUUGAAAAUUGCUUCUUAAAUAUUUUAUUACUGUGACAAUGUUCCUAUCAUCAUGUGGAGUUUAGUAUGUAUAUAUAGCUAUGCAAUACAGAGUGCCCAAAAUAAGUUAUUGUGUACGCCUCAAGGGAUUUUGAUGACUUAGGGCUAGAUUGGCAGCUUGCAAGCUGCCCUGAGUAAGGGGCAGCAUAUAACUGCACUACCCCAGGAGCAGUGGCCAUAUUGUGACUAAGAGUUGCAGUGUGGUCCCUGCUUCCUCUUUGCUCCAUGGGAGAUGUAAGCUGUGCCAGCCUUCUUUCUAAUGUAGCUUAAAUCACCAUCUGCACCUGUUCUGCUGCUCUGGCUGGCUCACUGCCUGGCCAGGAGAGAGUUAGCUGCUCCUAGGUGGCUGCAUUCCCUCUUGUAUUGUGACCCAUGAUGCAGAUAGUUUGUGCGAGGCAAACUGGGGUGCCUCACAUCCCUGCAGUGGUGUGUAAGCUCGUUUAUGAUUGAGUCCAUAAGUAACCCUGAAAUCAACUUAUCAAGCAGAGUUUACAUUUUAUUUUAGUUUAAUUGCUGGAAUGUUUUGACUUUUUUAUUGAAAUUGCCUUCUGGUGAUGCUACUGAAUAAUGGACUUUCUGGGUAAAACUGAAAUAUCUUUAAGUAACCAUUGAAGGUGGUGGUGGGGUUGUUGCAUUGUUAACUCCUAACAGUAACUUCCCUAAUCUCCUGCAAUUUGCUAGCUGCUGAAACAUUUGGGGGCCUUUAAGGAAAUUUAGACAUUCUACUCAAGGUCGAACACUGAUUUUUUUUUUUAAAGGAAACAUUUUUGGUUUUAUUCCCUUUCCCAUAAUUAUUUCUAAUAGAGCCAUUUUCUCUGAUGGGCUCUUUCUCUCUUCAUAGAGAGUUCUCUGAUUUUGAGUACUGUUGCAGUCACUUUUUGAUAUUAAUGAUAUAGCAAGAUAUAAAAAAUUCUACUUUUUAAAGUAUUCAAAGUGUCACAUCACUUUAUUCUUUCAUUUCUAAGUAAAAUGUGUAUUUUUCUAUUAUCACUAUUAGAAGGACUGGAAUGCUACUUGUUUUUCUAUCAGUUACUUCCUGUAAUGCAGUCAUGAUUUUGUGGUUUCUGGAAACAAUGCUCACUUUAAAAAUCACCAGCAUGCCAUACACUGCUUACAUUUUAAAAGUUAAUUUCAUUUGCUGAGUGAAGUAAUUAAACUGCACUUGUCUCCUUUAAAUCAGAUUGAGACACUAUUUUUGACCUCUGAAUUAGACAAAUCUGGUUGUAAAAACUGUCAUUUGCAACCUUUGUUUAACUUUUUUGCAAUGUAUUUUAAAUCAAGAAUAUAUUUUGAAUUUCUGAAUCAUUUGUAAGCUUGAAAACAAUUAGUUUGUGAAAUAGUAGUAAAGGUCUUAUAGAAUUGUCAACACUGGUAGAAAAUACAAUAAAAUAUUUUUUCCCUUC